GUAGGGUAUUCCGGAACCGGCGACACGUUGAUGUUCGUGGCAAAAGGCGGAUUCGGAACGGUGUUUGCGCACCGAUCUAAAUCACUACAGGGCAAAAUCGAAGCAGGGAUGGAGGAAACUGUGAAGGGGGCUACAGUUCUUGAUAGUACAAUGAAGCAGCAACACGAACAUGAACGUGAUACUAGGCAGCACACUGGAGCCGGAGAUCGAGCUGUUGGUGGCGUAGCUGAUCUGGAAGAGGAGUUAGAAGUUGUAGAUCCAGUUUUUGCGAAGAAGCGCCAGCGAUUGGCGUGGAAAAUGUUCAAGCCCGGACGCGAAAGUUCCACCAGGCAAGGCGGCUCCAAAACAGACGUGAUGAAGGAUCUGAGGGAAAUCGUGAUUCAUCUCUUAGUCCAGUUUCUAACCGAUGACGGAACCAACGCAUGCGUCCCCAGAAUCAAACGUGUUUUACUGGUUCCGAAGAAGUUUCGAGAGGAUAAAUCUUGUGACGGCCACCUCCAGAAACAGCAGAUGAAAGGCGAUGAAGGAGACGGAGAUGGUUCGACACCACAGGCUCAAGCAGCUACAGGACAAAGUGACGCUGGGCCAAAGCGACGCUCUUUCCGUGAAGGGGUCAAGAAAAUAUUGCGAAAACGAUUUCAGAGGAGAUUUUCUGCGCCAGAGGAGCCUGUGGAUGAGGGCGGUCAAGGAGAAGGAGGUCGAGUAGAAGGUGGAGAUCCUGCUGAUGUUGAGAUGGUGGGAAGCAUGAUGGCCGAAGAUGAAGGUCGUAAUAUACCUGAUAAACGGGAAGACGAAGAACAUCGUAUUGUUGAUGUGAUAGAAGAAGAUGAAGGAGCAACACCAGCUACACCGAAGGAGCAAGCACUAUCUGAAGAGGAGCGGAGGCGUCAAGAGGAGGAAGAGCGUUACCAACUUGGCGGGGAGAUUCGUAUUGGGCAACUGAAAUACGUCAUCCUCGAAAUGGAACGCUUCGAUAUGAGUGCUGAUGACUACACAGACCACAUCAAGUUUUUAGAAUACUGGCAACCGGUGCUUUUUCGAAGGCUCAAGGAGAAAACGAUCAGAGAGGGAGGAUCAGACGAUCCGAGCAAAAAUGUUAAGAACAGCAGAUGACACCUUCGCCUAAUGCAGCAAGCUGCUCACCAUGUUGGCACAAGCUUUCAGGCGGUUCCUCAACUGGGCUCGCCUAUCCCUGGCUUACCUUGAUGUAGUACAAGUUCAUAACCUUUUCUAGACAAGGACUAGUUGUAGGAGAAGCAGAGGCUCCAUAUCAUCUUUUGGCACAGAGACUAUUUUCUAAUAGGUACUUACUAUAGAAUUGGUAUUAGAACAAGCCUAAAGGGCAGCCCUUUCUAAUACUGCUGCUCUCAAAGCGCUGCUGGACCAGGCUGGAGAUCCCGACUCGUUUAAUAGGAGGGAGAUUGUAGGAGGGAAGAUCACCAAGGCUGGCGCUAUGUGGUUUGAGAAAGACAGAAUGCUACUCAACCGAGGUCUGCCUUUCGCGGCUGUGCUUGGUUAAGGCUUUCACUAAUCCUAAUGCGUCUCCGACUGCGUCCUUGCAGUUGAGAUGGAAGAUUCUGGCUAGCUCGUGUCUAACUUAGAGUCGGAAAGUGCCUAGCUGCGAUUCACGAGUGGCACAUCGCUCAUGCAGAUUUUAAGAACCUAAAUGUUGGCGUUUUCUUUCCCUACAAGAGCAGACCUGGUAAAAACAGGGAUCAAACCGACGGAGAUCAUGGCUACCAAGAAGGAAUGUACUACACGCACAUCGUGCCCGACGCAGAGGCAGCUGCUACUGUGCUGGACCGUCACGAGAUGAACGUGGCUUCGAGAACGAAAACGGAGGAUUUGGAUACUGCUACGCCGACUCGUGCUGGUCGUGGUCGGAAACAGAAGAAAAAGCUUGCGACUGGAGGAUCAUGCAAGAGCAGAAAACCAGAUGGUAAUGGAGGACUGCCUGCUGGCUUUGAUCUAGUGCCUGCUGAGGAAGAUGACAGAAUCAGAUCAGAUCAAACAGAAGAAUGUGAGAGACAGAGACUCAGACAGCAAGAAUCAAACGACGCCUUACUGCUGCAGCAGCAACUUCAACUCGCGGAGCAGCAAGAUCCGAGAUUUUAUGAAGCGAGCUGGGUGCUGACGGAUUUCGGCAUGUCUAGGACGUUGAGGGAUCAGAUGGUGGAUGGAAAAGUGUCCACGACUGGUGGCACAGACACUUGGCAGGGGCCAGAGGAUGUCGGUUUCGGCUGUCGUGAAGCACGUGACGUUCGUUGGAUCGCGGCUCAUGAGGCAGAUGAGACUUCUGAAGUGGGACGACAAGGUGUAGCUGUAGAGGACAUGAAAAUGUUGAAUACAACAACAGCUUCGGGGCAAGACCUGGUGGCACUCGAACAACACCAACUGGUAGCUCCUUUUUCAGGCCAGAUCCUCAUAGACCAGCAGCAGACGAAGCCGAAAGGCAGAUGGGAUUUUUAUACUGGAGAGAAGGCAGAUCAGCGCGUUGUGUACUGUUUGCUUCCCCCUGAGCACGAAGACCGUACGCAAGAAGAACAAUUGAAGAGAGCAGAGAGAGAGGGACCAACAUUAUGGAUAUGGGAGGUGAAAUGAAAGAUAAGUUCGUACUAGUACGUUUUUCACUCUUGAAGGAGAAGUUCAAGUUUCUCGACUAUCUGCUUAAUAAGCUUUAGUUUGUUUUCUGUAACUGUAAACACUACGCGUACGCCCUUUCGAUUAAAGUUGGUACUUGUCCUAGUGGUGAGGUAGUAGAGUUUCUGCUGUUCUUUUAGUUUUUUUUUCUUCAUCCCCAUCCUCUAAUGCAAUCAUCAAGAUUGAGAUGGAACCGGCCUCACACUGUGGAAGCCCUGAUGGAACGUGACACUUUCGCUUUUGGUCUCUUUGCACGGGAGAUGGACAUCGGAACGAACACGUGGGAAGAUGAAUACCAACCGAGUAUUGAUGCAGGAGAUGCGGAACGGAAAGCUUUACACACGCUGAAGCUUUUCAAAAAAUACAGAGGUGCGAACAUCCCGCUGUACUAUGGUGGUCCCAAGCUACUCGGCAAAGGGUGGGUCGAAAAUCUUGCGAGGGUCGACGCAACCCUUACGCGGAGAAACCUGGAGACGGAUGCGCCAGUGAAUCCAAUGUUCCUGCUUAGAGGUGAUUCCUGGACAUUUUGGCACGAAAACAUGAACGACCAGUGGGACUGGAGUAUAUUACCUAUAGUAUCUAUACAGUACAAGUACCAGUAUAAGUACUAGUACUCCCGCUCUUAUUUUUUUGACUUUGACGAGAGUCCCACUCUGUCCUUCAACAUGAGUGCAUGUGGUGAAUGUUGUGGUCGUGCAUUAUAGUAGUGCAGUCGUGCUGUGCAUCCACCACAGUCGUGGCUUCGACGAACAUUAUCGUGUAGAAUUGGAAUAAUCUUCGUCGAUUCCACAGAAUCAUUUUCACCCACAGAAUCAUUUUCACCGCAACUGCAACACAGCUGCCAUGGGUAACUAUCCUCCGGAUUUUCACGUUAAUGACGAGGUUUGUACAGUAGCCAACGGCAUGGAGCUGUGGAGUCGCAGCGUAGAACACGGAAAAGCAGGUGAACCGAACCACAGCCCGGUCGGAGAAAUUGUAAAGAUGUGCAAUUAUGGAUUGUCUUGUCUUCAGUUGCCAUUGAUGAAGAAGUUUUUUGUUGAUUUUUUGAACCCGGUUUUUUUUGUGCACCAAAGGACCACAUGAAAGGCGAGGUCGUUGACAUUUGUCCAGUGAGUUCUUAGGCUUCAGAAGAUUCUUCUUCAUGAUCUUCUAAUGUUCAAUGCCGUUAGGCUUCCGCCAGGACCGCGAAUGGUCAGAACAACUUUGUCUCGGCACCGUUUUGAUGACGAACGGUUUCACGGAGAAAGCGAGCGCCAAGAUUCACACAGCGUUGCUGCGUGCUUUCGCGCCAAUUGAUGAGUCUCAAGGACCCAGACAAGACGUUCCCUUCCCGGAAAUCAAGCGGACGCCGAUCCCAGCGUUGAGGAGAUACGACGAGUUCGGCGAUGAGAUAAAGGAAGAGCCAAAGAAGGAGCAAAGUGGCGACCUGGGAACCCUGGAAAAGCCGAUUAUACGGGAAGCACCUUGUGUAGGGAGAGGAGAUGUGGGCUGUGCCAGCUCUCUGGCAGCUGUCUUUUAUGGUCUAGUAUAAGUCUAAUCUUUUUAUUUAGAUUUACGUUCAAGCAUGAUUGAGUUUGAGUAACAAUUUAAUGGUGAAUCCGAACCCGAAGAAGGUGGUGGACAGCCAUAGCAAGAACGACGUACGCAUGACGCUAGUUCCGCCCACAGGUACACGAUGAUGAUUUUCUUCUAGGUCUAAUCAACUCAACCGCGGAUCGGCAGGACGAGAAGCGGAGAGAACGCAAAGACGCCUUGUAGUUCCCAACGUGAUGACCAGAAGCUAUUGAACAGUCAAGGCAGUCCUCCUUAUCCUACCAGCACCCAUCCUACGAUGCCGUUUUUAGAAAGUCCUGCUCCUAGAGAGAAGGACAUCAAAGGUAACACUGUCAGUGAAGACAGGACUGUGUCGUAUACUGGAGAACGACCGAUGCGGAUGGAACAGACGACGGUGGAGCGAGGGAUGCAGCCUGGCUCUUCCCCUACUUGUGCGUUUACGCAGGAAAAUGACGAUGAGGCGAUGCUGGGUAAAGAACCCCUCAUGGAAGAGCAGGCUUGGUCUCCAUUAUCUUCUGAUCCAAGAGGACAAAGAUUAAGGCUAGGUUGUGCAAGAAAUCCAUCUUCACUGUCAUCUUGGUGCCGUGUUUAAAGGGAAAAGGAGAUGGAGACCCAAGAUGCUGCUGAAGAUGGACCUCGAUUUCUCUUAGUUCUAAAAGAAACAGGAAGGAAAGCAACAACCCUGUCGACCUCUAGCACGCGUCCGAAACGACCUAGAAUGAUGGAGAUAGUGUCGGUGUUAGAGAGCUGCCAGUUACACGGAAAUCCAUCCAUUCAGGCCGCUCAGCAACGUCGACAUGGUAGGAUGCCUUCACUUUCUUCUUAUAGCGAGAAAAAGCGACUUGGUUUUUUGGACGAGUACUACGACGAAACUGCUCCUCAUAUUUGUGGAACGUACUACCAGGAGAAACGACAGCUAGAUUUGUGCGGCCCGGAAGAUGGCUUCUAUGAUUACUCACCAACACUAAGCACUUAGGAAAACACGGCUGCAGGCCACGAUACUGUGAAUGAUGUGACCGUUCAGACUUACUUUGGAAUAAAUCUGAAGUGGAAGUCUCCGUCUCCAUCUCUUGCAUGAUGAAAUUGAAAAUAGAAUGCACUGACGAGGACGAGUACAUGUCGUUAAUAAAUGAUAACUAUUUGAACAACCUAUAUAAUCGAAUCGGCAUAGGUUUACGUUAACAAGAUAAUGAUUUGAUUUGAAGCUACGGAAUAGAAGAACGUCUAACACCUAACAGCGUUGUGGAAAAUACUAAGUCGAAAAAAACACUCAACGGACUCAUAAAAAUACGAGUCCGAGUGUAAGAAUUUUUUCGUUUUUGUUUGCUCCUUCGUAGUAUUAACGCUUUUGUUAUGCGUUGUAACGUUCUGAAACUUGACAUGAACAUUCCUUAACAUUGCGCUUCACAUUUACGUCUUCAACAUCAAAGCGCGACAUUUUUUUGGACAACAAUUCCUUACGUGCAGGAAUAAUGACAUUGAGUAGAUCAUUCUGGAAUUUUCAUGUAGGGGAAUUCUAUCACCCCGCACACACUGGCCGAACACUGAGCACGAAAGGCUUGAUUGUUCGUUUUGCACGCACGAUAUUUUGUGCUGACGCGCGAGCUUUAUGAUUUUUUCUUGGCUGACGCGGAUCACUGUAAACCUAGUAAACCUCGAUUUCAA